GUCCUCCUCUAACAGGCCAGCACUUCCUGCUUGUCGCUCAGACGUGACAGAGCGAGGAGCCUCAGUCGCAGCAGCUCUCGGUCUCAGACGGCUUCGGGAUGGGUAGGAUCGCCAAGGAGGUGGCGGGUCAGACCCUCUGCUUCAUCGGUUUUGUGGGCACGUGCCUCACCUGUGGCAUCCCCAUGUGGCGCGUGACCAACUACAUUGGCGCCAACAUCGUGACAGGCCAGAUCAUCUGGGACGGCCUGUGGAUGAACUGCGUGAUGCAGAGCACGGGCCAGAUGCAGUGCAAGCUACAGUCCUCCAUCAUGACCCUGACCCAGGACCUGCAAGCCGCCCGCGCACUCACUGUCAUCUCCAUACUGAUCAGCUUCAUCGGGGUGCUCUUGACGUUCAUCGGUGGCCGAUGCAGCAGCUGCCUGAAGAACGAGUCCUCCAUGGCAAAACUGGUCAUCCUGGGAGGUAUCCUCUGCAUCGUGGCCGCUGUGGUCUGUGUAAUCCCUGUAAGCUGGUCAGCAGCCGUCACCAUCUCCGAUUACCAGAAUCCUCUCAUACCGACCACACAGAAGAGGGAGAUAGGAGGCUGCGUAUACAUCGGCUGGGGCACCGCAGUCAUUCUUCUUAUUGGAGGGAUCAUCUUGUGUACCUCUUGUCCACCAAGAGAAGACAUGUACCCAAAUAAUCCAAACAUGUAUCCCUACCAAGGGCCUAUGAUGGGGCCAGCGGGACCCUACAUGCCGGUCAAAACAUAUGCGCCCAGCGUUGUGUAUACAGGGACUGGAACUUAUGUUCCCAACAAGCCAUAUGCGGCUCCAACGUACUCAGCCGUACCAGGACAAUAUCGAUAAGCCACAGACAUUACAUGGAUUCUUGUUGCUGUAAACAAUGUUCCAACCUGAUAACGUUUGUACAGUUGUUUAGUAGCUUUUAUGAAGUUCAUUUUCCUGAUGGUCAGGCUGCGAAGGCCUGCAGAGUGUUUGUUUGUAAAUUUAAGCACAUUAAACAGAUUAAAAGGCUGAUUCAUAUGUAGGUUUGUGCUCUGAUGUUAUUGUGCUCAUUUUCAUUGUUGCUAGCUGUAAAAAAUGCUUUUGGUGGAAAAGGUGUUCUCUCCCAGACUGGGGGCAUCAUUUGUCAAUAAAGAACAUUUUGCAUUAUAA